UUCCGCUUCCUGUUCGGACGGACGCCCCGGCAGUAACAAUGAUCGGGGACAUCCUGCUGUUUGGGACGCUGUUGAUGAACGCUGGGGCGGUGCUCAACUUUAAGCUGAAAAAGAAGGACACGCAAGGCUUUGGGGAGGAGUCGAGGGAGCCCAGCACAGGUGACAACAUCCGGGAGUUCUUGCUGAGCCUCAGAUAUUUUCGAAUCUUCAUCGCCCUAUGGAAUGUCUUCAUGAUGUUCUGCAUGAUCGUGCUCUUUGGCUCCUGAGCUCCAGGUACAGAACCGGAAACACACCUCCUCAGAGUGUCUCUUCCUCCAUUCCUGAUGACUUCAAGAAUGUUUCUGACCAGAAAACCGGUGACCUUCCCAGAAAGUCCAAGCUUGUGGUGGGUGGAAAAAAUGUUCACCAAGAUGAACACAGUUUCCCAGCCACGUCACUGUUUUCUUUUCAAAGAUAUUUUCACUUUGAUCUCUGCCUUGAAAUGCUGUCUACUUAAAAGAGUUUGAAGAGUGUUUAUGUGAGGGGCUGUGGUAUCUAGAUUGUUUAAUCAGAUCAGAAUCCCUCUUCUACCAAACUUUCACUGGAAACCCAUCUGGGUAUUUAUUGGUUUAUUUUUAAUAACCAUCCUUUUUCGGUUCAAAUUAUACAGAUUUUUAAAAAUCUUUUGUAUCCAGGGAUCUGAAGCAGAAAGGUUGGCUUUUAAGUUUGAUGCAGCCUCUUAUUGGACUGCAUUUGUGAGGAAUGAGCAAGUUCAUUGUUGCUGAGUCUGUGUCCAAAUUCCUUCCCCAUCCCAAUGGGCUCUGCUUGGCCACUCCAUGCUGCUGAGGUUGUCCCCAGGACUUGAAGGGUGAAGUGUUAUGGGUUCCUGUGGAAGAGAGGUGCAGAGCAGUUGGCAGGGUGGAUGGGGGUUUGCCUUGCCUUGAAGCCCUCUAUUAAAGUAACUUUUGGGACCAUUAAUUGUAUAGUUUUUAGAAUGAGAGUGAUUUAUGUGGUGAUAUUGGGACCCAGUUCUGAAAGCUUGGGUUUUGGGGUCUGUUUUUCAAGUGGAUGAUUUCAAGGUUGAAAAACAAACCUCAUUGGAGGAAAUACAGCAUUUUGCAUGGAAGCUUCUUUGAAAGGGAGCCCUGGUUUAAUCGCCAACAUGACACUUGGGUGGUCAGUGCCCGGAUCCUACAGGUGUUUGAUUUGUUUGUUGUGGUUUUUGAAAUCCUAACUUGCAGGUAACCUGGUAGGAGGAAAGAAUAAAUAUGCAGGCUGUUAGAACUAAAGAGAAUUGAAAAUAAAGCUCAUUUCUAAAAAGGA